UUGCAAGAUGGCGCUGAGAAUCUCCGUAUGAGGACACGAUCCCUCCAGAAUUUGCCAUGAAAGGAAAGGAUCGCUCCCCGGUUAAGGCCAAGCGGUCCCGGGGGGCGGAGGAGUCCUCUCGCGAACGAUGCGGCAAGAAGCUAAGCUCGACCAGUUGCGACAGCGGCACUGCAGCCAAGAGCUCGGAGAGCAGCAGCAGCGGGCGGCGUGGCCUACACCUCGACAAGGGGCUCUCCGGCAAUCGGGAUUAUGAGGCCUCGGCAAGAGCCCCCGGGAUGCACACUUAUGGGUCGCCUGUCGCCAGCAGCGGGAGCGGCGGCAGCAGCAAGGGCGCUGACGGCAGAGCAGGCGCUGUCCCUCGGAGCUCGGAGGGCCGCGGGGAGGCCGAGUACAAAUCGCUGCGGAUCAGUGAGCUGGGCUCGUCGCUGAGUGAUGAGGCCGUGGAGGAUGGGCUAUUUCACGAGUUCAAGAAAUUCGGGGACGUCAGCGUGAAAAUCUCCCGCUCCGGAGACGAGCGGGUAGCCCUGGUGAACUUCCGGCGCCCUGAAGACGCUCGUGCGGCCAAGCACGCCCGGGGGAGGCUCGUUCUGUAUGACCGGCCGUUAAAGAUCGAGGCGGUGUACACUACAGGCAGCAGACGGCGGAGCCGAUCACCCGGGGACAAGGAACCGUAUAGCAGCUUGUCGGCUGGAGUGUCCUCCUUGGCCUCUCAUCGGCACCCACAUGGCCAGCGGGGCCUCUCCCCUGGAGGGCUUGGCUACAGGGACUACAGGCUGCAGCAGCUUGCUCUGGGCCGCUUACCCCCACCCCCUCCCCCACCGCUCCCCAGGGACCUGGACAGGGAUAGAGACUACAAUUUCUAUGAGAGCCGGAUACGGCCCGCUUACCCGCUAGACCCCCGUCUGAACAUCCGAGAGGAUGACAGUUCUGAGAAUGACAUAAGAGCCAACAGAACUCUCUUCCUGGGCAACUUGGACAUCAAUGUCACGGAGAGCGAGCUCCGCAGGGCUUUCGAGAGGUUUGGGACAAUUACUGAAGUGGACAUCAAACGUGCUACCAGGGGGCAAUCCUCUACCUAUGGAUUUAUUAAGUUUGAGAAUUUGGACAUGGCACAAAGAGCCAAACUGGCCAUGUCUGGUAAACCUAUCCUCCGCAACUGUAUUAAAAUUGGCUAUGGCAAAGCUACCCCCACCAACCGCCUGUGGGUGGGCGGCCUUGGACACUGGGUGCCGAUGGCAUCCCUAGCACGUGAAUUUGAUAGAUUUGGCACGAUCAGGUCUAUUGAUUACCGCAAAGGAGACAGCUGGGCCUAUAUACAGUAUGAGAGUUUAGAUGCUGCCCAAGCCGCUUGUAGUCAAAUGAGGGGUUUUCCCUUGGGGGGAGAUCAUAGGAGACUUCGGGUGGACUUUGCAGAUACGGAUCAUGUUUAUCAACCCCCUUACCUUCAACCCUUACCUUUACCCCAUUAUGACUUGGUGGGGGAUGCUUUCGCCCCUAGGGCUCCGGAUUCUCUUCGAGCCAGAGACCGUACGUCACCUUUAUUGUACAGGGAAAGAGAAAGGGACUUGUAUGGAGAUUCAGACUGGGUGCCACUUCCCAUUAGAGACAGAAAUAGAGUACCUUACGGUUCUUUGGAAGCCUUAGACCGGAGAGUGGAUGGCUGGUCUUUGGACAGAGAACGUGAAAGAGACGGAGUGAACAAAGAGCAGCCUAGGAAACGGAGACUAAUUGACGAAGCUCGUCAUGUGGACAGAUCACCUGAAAGCGAACGUGCCAGGAAAAGACACUGUGCCAGUCCUGACCGAAGUCCUAAUGGCAGUGGUGGUCGGGAUGGCCGUUACAAUGAUACAGAUCGUGCAAACAGCAGGACAGAGCAGCCCUCGCCUUCCAGGGAUUGGCGAGGUAGCCUCGAGCGGGGAGUGGAAAGCAAGCAUGAUCGCAAAAACUCCAACUCUGUCGAAAGAGAUCGGAAACAUCGCAUUGGUGACAAUAAAAGUCCAUUAAGAAAAGACGAGCGGCUUGAGUCCAGCAGUAAAGUGAAAUCGCUGCAAAAGCAAGAUGCAAACCAAAAUCUCUGCUUGGCUUGGCAAGGGAUGCUCCUGCUGAAAAACAGUAAUUUUCCAUCCAAUAUGCAUCUACUUCAGGGCGAUCUGGCGGUAGCAACUAGCCUGUUAAUUGAGGGACCUACAGGCGGAAAGGUUGUCCAGUUAAAAAUUACGCAAAGAUUACGUCUCGAUCAGCCCAAACUGGAUGAAGUGACACGUCGCAUCAAAGUAGCCGGACCCAAUGGAUAUGCCGUUCUACUUGCUGUUCCUGGUACAACUGAGAGUAAUUUUACCGGUGAUCAAGCAAGUUCUACUCAACGUCCUUUGAGAAACCUGGUCUCUUACUUAAAGCAAAAGCAAGCUGCAGGGGUCAUUAGCCUUCCUGUGGGAGGCACAAAAGAUAAGGAAAACACAGGAGUCCUUCAUGCUUUCCCUCCCUGUGAAUUUUCCCAGCAGUUCCUGGAUUCCACAGCUAAAGCCCUUGCCAAAUCCGAAGAUGACUACCUUGUUAUGAUAAUAGUGCGCGGGGCAUCCUAAUUCAAUCUGGAAGCUGGGAAAGGAAGAUUCUGAUCUUCACAGAGCUGUUAACAGUGGAACUUUGGAUGACAAGUUUCUGUUUAGGACUUGCACAUUUUACUACUUGGCAGCCCAAAUCAAAAUAUUCGUAUUGUGUAUCUGCUAUUGUGAUGCCAAUUCCCGUGUUUUAAGUGAAAAACGUGAUGACUACAUUACUUUGUACUGUAUUCACAAGAUUUCUGGAAAGUGAGGCAUUACCCUUUUCUGGCGCUCACAACGUAACAUAAUGGUCAUUGAAACAGUGCACAGUUCAACUGAUUUUGUUUUCAUUCUCAAUAAAUUUCUUUUGAGGAAAAUGUC